AUUUAUUUUCGUAUUGCCAAUAAAGCUCCCUCCGAGUGUGCGUUAGUUACUUAGUUAGUAGAAGCAUGUGAUGAAACUUUUUUAACGAACAUUGAAAAAAUCUUAAUACUUUUAUCGUGAGCAGAAGAGAGUAGUAACUACAUAGUAAAAAUAAAAAUUAUAUACGUUUUCCGAUUAGUACGAACUUUAAAGUUAUAACUGCAUAAAACAGUCAGAAAGCAGUUUAUUAAGGAAAUAUACCGACCGAUUCCGCUGAUUGCGUGUGUGUAGUAAACGGAAAAACUAAAGAAAUGAGUGAAAAUAUUCCACAUUUAAAUCAUACACCACCACCAAUAUCAUCACUAAAGGAUUUUCAACCGCCCAGCUUUAAAGAGGAUGAACUAGUUUUAUAUUAUCAUCCGUAUAAUUUCUAUUCACAAAAAAUUAUUUUACUUUUAUAUGAGAAAAAUAUUGAAUUCACACCAUAUGUUGUGGAUUUGUUAAAUGGCGAGCAAUACUCAAGCUGGUUUUUAAACUUAAAUCCUAAAGCCGAUGUACCCGUUUUACAAGAUGGUUCAUUCAUUGUGCCAGAUUCUGUUCAUAUAAUUAAUUAUAUAGAACAUAAAUUUCGAGGAGGCGAUUACAAGUCAUUCAAACCGAAUAAUAAUAAUUCGUUGGAAUAUGAGAAAAUGCAGUUGUUUGAUCAAAUCUUAGGUCAUUUACCAAUAGGAGCAUUAAGUUUGGGCUCAUUUAUACAUGAUGACUUAAAAUUAGUUCCAAAACCACCAUUUAUUGGACCCAUAAGAAAAACAUGCUUGAAAAAUAAUGAAAAAGUUUAUGGCUUAUUAAAAGAAUCUAUUGAUAAAGUGGAAGAUCAUAAAUCUGCUUUGCUAAAUAAAUUAGAUUUGCAAGAACGCAGAAAACGUAUUGUAUAUUCACGUUUAGAAUACCAAAAAAUAUUGGAUGCCGUACAUAACGUUUUGCGUUUUAUCGAAGACGAUAUGGUGGCUCAUCCAGCAAGGGAAUGGUUAAUAUCCAAUGAUUUUUGCAUGGCAGAUAUAUGUUUCGGCUUGUUGUUAUUGCGUUUAUAUCAGUUGGGUUUCGAAAAUUACUAUUGGUCGUAUGGAAAAAUGCCUCAAGUUGAAAGUUAUUUUUUACGUUUCAAAAAACGUCCUUCUUAUGAUAAACUCAUGCCAACAAAUUUUGAGAUACUGAAAGAUAUGUGGCAAAUGACACCAUCCAAUUAUAUAAUUGGAGCCGGGGCCGGUGUUUUAGGUAUGGCAGUAUUUGCCGCCAUUGCUCAUAAAUAAUACCAUUUAAAUAAUAAAUAAAAACACACAAUUAAUAUGUUAAUAAUGAAAACAAAA